AUGGUCUUGACGCUGCUUUUCUCCGCCUACAAGCUGUGCCGUUUCUUCGCCAUGUCGGGCCCACGGCCAGGAGCCGAGCGGCUGGCGGUGCCGGGGCCGGAUGGGGGCGGCGGCGUGGGCCCGUGGUGGGCUGCGGGCUGCCGCGGGCCCCGCGAGGUAUCGCCCGGGGUGGGCGCUGAGGUGCAGAGCGCCCUGGAGCGCGCGCUGCCCGAGCUGCAGCAGGCGCUGUCCGCGCUGAAGCAGGCGGGCGGCGGGAGGGCGGUGGGCGAAGGCCUGGCCGAAGUCUUCCAGCUGGUGGAGGAGGCCUGGCUGCUGCCGGCCGUGGGCCGCGAGGUGGCCCAGGGUCUGUGCGAUGCCAUCCGCCUGGACGGCGGCCUCGAUCUGCUGCUGAAGCUACUGCAGGCGUCGGAGCUGGAAACGCGCGUUCAGGCCGCGCGUCUGCUGGAGCAGAUCCUGGUGGCCGAGAACCGGGACCGCGUGGCGCGCAUCGGGCUGGGCGUGAUCCUGAACCUGGCGAAGGAGCGCGAGCCGGUGGAGCUGGCGCGCAGCGUUGCAGGCAUUUUGGAACACAUGUUCAAGCACUCGGAGGAGACGUGCCAGCGGUUGGUGGCGGCCGGCGGCCUCGACGCGGUACUGUUCUGGUGCCGCCGCACGGAUCAGGCGCUACUGCGCCACUGCGCGCUGGCGCUGGCCAACUGCGCGUUGCACGGCGGCGCAGCCGCACAGCGGCGCAUGGUGGAGAAGCGUGCCGCAGAAUGGCUCUUCCCGCUCGCCUUCUCUAAGGAGGACGAGCUGCUGCGGCUGCACGCGUGCCUCGCAGUAGCGGUGCUGGCAACCAACAAGGAGGUGGAGCGUGAAGUGGAGCGCUCCGGUACCCUAGCGCUCGUGGAGCCGCUCGUGGCCUCCCUGGACCCCGGCCGCUUCGCCCGCUGCCUCGUGGACGCCAGCGACACAAGCCAGGGCCGAGGCCCCGACGACCUGCAGCGUCUUGUGCCACUGCUGGACUCAUCGCGCUUGGAGGCACAGUGCAUUGGGGCUUUCUACCUCUGCGCGGAGGCCGCCAUCAAGAGCCUGCAGGGCAAAACCAAGGUGUUCAGCGACAUCGGUGCCAUCCAAAGCCUGAAACGCCUUGUCUCCUACUCCACCAAUGGCACUACGUCGUCUCUGGCCAAGCGUGCGUUACGUCUAGUGGGCGAGGAGGUGCCGCGACCCAUCCUGCCUUGUGUGGCCAGCUGGAAGGAGGCCGAGGUCCAGACGUGGCUGCAGCAGAUCAGCUUCUCCCAGUACUGCGAGAGCUUCCGGGAGCAACAAGUGGAUGGUGAUCUGCUUCUGCGGCUCACGGAGGAGGAGCUCCAGACGGACUUGGGGAUGAAAUCAGGCAUCACUCGCAAGAGGUUCUUUAGGGAGCUCACGGAGCUCAAGACCUUCGCCAACUACGCGACAUGCGACCGCAGCAACCUGGCCGACUGGCUGGGCAGCCUGGACCCGCGCUUCCGCCAGUACACGUAUGGCCUGGUCAGCUGCGGCCUGGACCGCUCCCUGCUGCACCGCGUGUCGGAGCAGCAGCUCCUAGAGGACUGCGGCAUCCGCCUGGGCGUUCACCGCGCGCGCAUCAUCUCGGCCGCCAGAGAAAUGCUACACUCCCCACUGCCCUGCACAGGCUGCAAGCCCAGUGGGGAGACCCCAGAUGUUUUCAUCAGCUAUCGCCGGAACUCAGGCUCCCAAUUGGCCAGCCUCCUGAAGGUGCACCUGCAACUGCAUGGCUUCAGCGUCUUCAUUGAUGUGGAGAAGCUGGAAGCAGGCAAAUUCGAGGACAAGCUCAUCCAGAGUGUCAUGGAUGCCCGAAACUUUGUGUUGGUGCUGUCGGCUGGGGCACUGGACAAAUGCAUGAAGGACCAUGACUGCAAGGACUGGGUGCACAAGGAGAUUGUGACUGCUUUGAGCUGUGGCAAGAACAUUGUGCCCAUCAUAGAUGGCUUCGAGUGGCCUGAGCCCCAGGCCCUACCUGAAGACAUGCAGGCUGUGCUCACCUUCAAUGGCAUCAAGUGGUCCCAUGAGUACCAAGAGGCCACCAUCGAGAAGAUCAUCCGCUUCCUGCAGGGCCGCUCCUCCCGGGACUCGUCUGCCGGCUCCGACACCAGUUUGGAGGGUGCUGCACCAAUGAACUCAACUUAAUGCCUCCCACUUCCCA